AAGUCUUUUUGAUCAAGAGCCCCUUGGUGCCGAACUCUCUUGCUCUUGGUCAACGGGUGGAAGGGGGAGCCAAGCCGCCAGUAUAAUAUGUAAAGCACCACGCGUCCCACGCGAGCCGGCCGUCUGAACUGUUCACCUGUACUAUUCACAGUCGUCCCGUCUCUCGUUGGUGUUCCCUGCACGGUUUCUCAACCUCUCAUUCGCUUCUCAUUCUUCCUAUUCACUAUCCUUCUUAUUGUUGAUACUUUGCUGGUACAUAACGUUACAAUCCCUGGCCCAAAAUGAAGUCCUUCACCCAAGCCCUUUCCCUGGCAGCCGGCCUGUCCCUGUCCUUUGCCAGUCCCACUCCGGCCGUCUUCCCGAGACAGACCAACAGUUCCAAGAACCUGAUCGUCUUCGGCGACUCUUACUCCACUGUCGGCUUCUGGCCCGGCGGCACCCUCCCGGCUGCCGGAAACCCGCUCGGCAACCCCUCCCUACCCGGCCAGACCACUUCUAGCGGCUUGAACUGGGUCGGCCAUCUCACGAGCACCCUCAACACAUCGACCAUCUUGACCUACGACUUUGCCGUGACCGGCGCCACCACCGAUAAGGAUAUCGUCGACACUUAUGCCCAGUACUGCGUCGACGACCAGGUGGAUCAGUACAAGCAGUACGUAUCUAGCGUCGUCAACAAGGACAACGCCCUCGUCGCCGUCUGGAUCGGCAUCAACGAUGUCGGCGAGCCGUUUUGGGACAAGGUGUCUGCGCCUGUCACCAAGAUCAUGGACCGCUACUUUGAGCUCCUUCAGACUCUUGCCGAUGACGGUCUGAAGAACUUUGUCCUGCUCUCCGUGCCUCCCUUCUCUGAUCAGAUUCCUGCCAUGAUCGGCCAGUCCGAGACUGACCUGACCCGCCUGCGUUCCGACAUCACGUCGUACAACGCCGCCCUCGAGACCCGCCUCGCCACAUUCAAGUCCGCCAAUAGCGGCGUCAAGGGUCUCGUCUUUGACACCAAGCCCUCGUUCGACACCGUUGUCGAGAACUUUGCGCAGUAUGGCGCCAAGGAUGCUACCUGCUACGGUUCUAGUGAUUGCAUCUGGGCCGACAACUACCACGCCGGCCUGGCUAUCCACAAGCUUCUCGCCCAGAACCUGGUCAAGGGUGUUGCCGCAAACUUUGUCUUCUAA